UUAACAGCACCGAAGGAAGAUUGAGAAAUCGACUUCACCGGUAUAGAAAUAGAAGCCGGAACAAUUAUCAAACUCAACCAGUUACAAUCUGAGUUUGAUUCCUGGCUAAGGAAGCGAAUUCGCGCACGGCGGCGGAGUUGACGUCUGAUUGUCCGCCGGAUCCUUGCUUUCUCCGGUCGGAGGAUUCAUAUCCUAGGGUUUUACUUCUCAUCUUGUUGUUUUCUAUCAUUUUUGUUUCCUACUCCCGUCCGAUUACCCGAGGAUCAAUUAUCCCUCCGACCAUGUUCAAAUUUUGGGGAUCCCAGGAGGAACAGGUACGUCCUCCACAAGAGGUUACCACACAAUCAUGGUAUCCAGCAUCUGUUGUUGGUACCCCCAGCUCCUCUCGCCCUGGAACACCAGGUAGCACCUCCUCCAGCCAUUCCAGUUCACAGAGGCUUUCUGAUAGGCCACAAUCUCCGUCACAUGUUUCACCUGCUGAAGCUGCCGGAAUUAUUUCUGCUUUGAAGGACAAAAGUGUUGAUGAGUUACGAAAGCUUUUGUCUGACAAGGAUGCAUAUAAUCAGUUCCUCCUUUCACUUGACCAGGUCAAAAUUCAGAACAAUCUAAGAGAUGAGCUGCGUAAUGAAACUCUUCAGCUUGCUAGGGAGAACUUGGAAAAGGAACCACGCAUCAUGGAACUCAGAAACCAGUGCAGAAUAAUCCGCACCACAGAACUGGCUGCUGCUGAGGAGAAGCUAAAUGAGCUUGACCGACAGAAAGAGGAGAUUUUGAAGCUCUGUUCUCCUGCUUCGCUUCUCCAAAGGCUUCGAGAGAGAAUGAAGAACACAGAAGAGGAGUCAGAGAAUCUGCACAGGCAGCUCCUUGACAGAGACAUAGAUUUGAGUUCUUUUACUCACAAAUACAAGAAGCUGCGUAUGGAUUACCACCGGCGUGCUCUCAUCCAACUUUCUGCCAGAACCACCUGAACCGAAUCGAAUCGAAUAAUACUGAUAGUGGCAAAUCAUGUAAAUUCUUACCGACAAACUUUACUCUACUGCGUAUGCUGCAACUGCUACAAACUUUGUUUCAGGAGUAGAGGUUUAAAUCAUUUGAAUCCCAGAUGGGUUCUCUACCAGUUGUGUCAUUAGUGAACAUCUGUUCGUUUUAUUGAUGAUAAUAAGUUGAUUCUUUUCAUUUUGAUGAUCUUUUUUUCUUUGUAAUCGCUGUGAAAAUGAUAUAUUUCCUCUUUUUCUUCA